UUUUUUUUUUUUUCCACCGCGUCUUGUCCGCGUGUUUACCACCCCGGUUUUUUCGGACGCCGCCGCCGCCGCGACAAUAUAUUAUUAUGGACCUGUACACGGCGUGCACGCUGAAUCACCCGAAGGUGACCGACUUGCUCAGGUGGGUAAUGACGAAUAUUAUUUUUAAUCGCGGCGCGGUCUCGGCUCGUCGGCGGGUCCGCGUACACGUACAACCGUGGCGCGCGCGCGUAUAUUAUCGUAACGGAAUAUUGUUUUCGACUACGAUUAUAAUAAUACGCGCGCGCGGUAUGCACGUAAUAAAAUAUGGUACCUGUAAUUUUUGUUUUUGUUUUUUAUUAUUCAAAAUUUCAGUCGAUAAUUCUCUACCAUUUAAAAGUAUUAAUCUUUAUUACGAUCUGCAGCGCGCGGCUACGGCGAUCGCCAUCGUCAAAAAUACGCUACAGGUAGAUAGCGUAUUUUUAUAGGUAGGUAGGUAGGUAGGUAGGUAGGUAGGUAGGUAGGUGGGUACGUGUACAUGAAUAAUAGUACAUUUCGAUCGGUUGUGAUAAUACGAUACCGCGCGGCGCGCCGUGAUACGUACGUAUAAUAAUAAUAUAAUGUAAUGCUGCUCGGACGUACCAUUUAAAUAUUGAGAAAAAAAAAAAAAACGUAACCAUCGCUCGGUAUUAAACGUCCGAAACCACGACCGUUGACCAUUAUUUGUUUGAUUAUACCCCUCGCGGAAUAGAAGCAAAGUACCGCGCGUAUCAUGUUUUACUUAUAGCCUAUAGGAAUGUUAUUUUCCGUCGGUAUAAUAACAGUACCUAAUAAACGUAUACGCUAUACCCACCGUAUGUAUUAUAUACAUAAUAUACGUAUCUACAGUACAUGUUUUGCGAUACUAUAACGUCAAAAUUAUUAUACUGUUGAACCUUUAACUCCCUCUUUCCCCUUGUACACGCGCCUGAUUAUAAUGUGAAUUCAAACGAAUCCAAUAAAAGCACUUCCGUAUAAAUUGGUACCUAUAGAUACCAUACGGUAACUUAUUAUUCAUGAAUGUCCCAGCUAAACACAGUAUGAAAUAAUAAUCGAAUACAAAACAAUAUUAUUUAUAUUGCUACGGAUCCCGGACUUUUUUUUUUUUUUUCUAUUCGAGUCUUCCUAUAAAAGCUGCAAACAAAUUUUCUCGUGCUUUCCAUACAUAGGCGGAAAUUGUCCAUAAUUUUAGGGGCGGCUGACAUUUUAAAAUACUUCAUUGCAUAUCAAAGCCGCCAAGCUCUCUGAGCUUGCAAAAGUCAUCGAACUCAAAUACCAUGAAAAAUUUAAGUGUGAUCUAUUUAUAUUUUACAUUGUUUCCGGAGUUCCGAAAUCCUAAGACUCUAAUGGUCUAUAAACAAUCGAAAUAAUAUAACAUUAGUAUGUUACAUUGUAACAACAUUAAUUUACUCCCCUGUUAAUCGGCAUUAGCGCAUCAUUUGUUUACCCGUUUGAAAAUCUCGUUCAUCGUUUGCGCAUCAAUAUAGUAUCGAACAAUAGGAAAAAAAAAAAUACACACAAGUCAAUAUCAAACAGUUUUAAAGCAUAACGUCGACUGCUUAUAUUGUCGUCGAAUUUAAUCGAGAGUUAGUCAUAUCAUUUGAUAAUAUCCGGCUGAUAAUCAAAUCAAAUGUGUGCGGAUCGACCGUUGUUAUAACUCGUCCGUUAUCCGUAUAUAUAUAUAAUUUUAAAACAGAAAUACCGUCACAAUAUUCGAAAAUAUUUUCUUUACAAUCAAAUAAACUUAGGUUACGUUUUCAACGGACGUAUCGGUCGUGGUCGGAUUUUAAACUGAAAGUUGGGAAACAAUUUGCGCUUUUUGGUACCUAAUCCUAAUCCCUUUCAGUCUUUCUAUUGUUAAAUAUUGUAUUGGUGCGUACGAUUUAACGGUCCUCAAGUGUCUUCCGGAAAAAUAAAUCGAAAAGAACAAUAAUGAUGCGCAAAUGAUAUACCUGUUAUAGUAUGUUGCUAAGUCACAUUUUAAAUACAAAUGCCAUUCAUGGGUGUAAAACUAAUACGAUAGAAAAUUAAUAUUUUAUUUCGAACGCUUCAAAAUAAUUCGGUAUUUGAAAAUCGCUUUUAUGUUACAUCAAAGUCAAAGACAUUGAUCAUGAAAUAAUAUGUUCAUAUUCGGUAAUGUAAGGGUAGGACCAAAACCUAUAGGUUAGGUGUCUAUAAGUUGACAUGAAUAUCCACGAUUGAAAAUUGCGGAUUAACAUUUUUUAUACCUAUUCCGUUCUUAAUAAAAAGAAGAUUUACUAUAUGGUAUAAGUACAUUUUCAUAAUUUAGGCCACCGUCAUAAUUUAAUCAUGUAUAAAUAUAUUCAUAAUAAUAAAGAUUCAUUAUUCUUUAUUCUUUAAUGAUUCAUAUAAAUAUUGUUAUUAUCAAUACAAUAUUAAAUUAAAAUUUAUGCACCACGAAUAUUAAAAAAAUUCAUUAAAUAUUGAAUAGUCGUGAAAUAAAUAUUUUUUAAAAAUAGUUUUAAACAUUUGUAAUUUUGCAUUUAAUUUAUAGGAUAUUUUUCUUACUAAUUUUUUCAUGAUAUUUUACCUGCACUGUAUUCAUAUAUUUUUUUUAAUAAGUGUUUUGAAAUCAAAUUUAAACGAAAAUCGCAAAAAAAAAAAAAUUUACGGCAAUUCAAAUUAUGUAUUACCGAACUAUGUUCGGAAUCGUUUUUCGUCAGCAAUGGUUUAUCUUUGCUUACAGAUAUAAAUGAAUUAACCUUAUGUAUCCUACCUUCCCAACUUCCCACCUACAACAGUGACCGCUCCCGGUAUCAGUAUCCCCAGUAUCAGCUCUUUUAUUUCUUUGAUAUACGAUUAAAAUUUUACCUUUUUUUCAUUAGGUAUAUAUACACAUACAUAAUAUACUAUCCAUUUCUAAUAUGAAUUAUUAUUUUACCAUUAAGAACACGUAUAAUUAACGACUGAAGAGUUUAUGAAAUUAGUAUUAUCUUUAUUUCCAAAUAAUAAUAAGACCUAUAUUGUUAUUGAUUUUGCUAUCGUAGUCGUACAUUUUAUGUAAACCUUGGUUUUAAGUUCAACCGAUUUGAUUAAAGAUUAAACUUACCAAAUAUAAUCGGGACGGAAUUAGUAUAUAAUUUGAAAAACCCGGGACAAAAUUAGCAAAUUACAUUUUUAUACUUGGUACGAAACUCGGAUAAAUAACAGACCACGUUAAACUAGAUUUAAACAGUAUACAUAGAAUUUGAUUAAUAGAUUUACUUCGUCUAUUUUUUAUUUAAAUCCUCGAAUAAACAUAAAUAGUACAAAUAUUAUGCAUGCGUCUACUAAAUCUAUUUAAAUCAAGAAAUCUAUCCUACGAAUCAAAUAUAACCUUGUACACCAACUACUGAGCUACCUUAGGAUUUUAACAUAUGGGUAUGAAAGUUGGUAACUACCAAAGGAAACCACCAGACUACCAGAGUCUAAUUAUGUUUGACAGAAAAAUCAAAUACUGGCGGUAGAAAUGAUGUAAAGGACCUCUAAGCAGACUCUAUCAUGAAGCUUUUAAAAACACUACAAGAAAGAGUUCAGAGAAUUUUAGCGUAUGAUAAAGAAUAAUGGAAAAAGUUUGCGAUUGCGGUUUUAAGCUGUAUAAUAUGAUGAUAAUAAAAUAUUUUUGAAAAAUAUUCCAGUAUAAUAACUUUUUGAAACCCUAAAUAUUUUCCACGUUUUUAAUUAUAGUAUAUACCAGUAAAGCACAUAGAGAAGGGGUUAGACGGUCAAAACCCCCUCCGAAAUGACUUCCUUCACUACGUUUUUUUAAAUCAAGUUUUACAUUGAACAACAUAAUAUCUUAUACCACAGAAAAAAAAAAUGUCAUCAAAAAUCAUUUAUUCAGUAAUAAUAGUGAUAGUAGUGUACUUGUAAUAUUUUCUAUCUCCUCUCUUGGAAAUUAUUAUAAACAAACCCCCCCCCCCCUAAAAAUAAUCAUGCGUGCGCUACUGAUGCAUACUAAAUUUUGCUUAUGUGCAAUGUUUCGUUUGCCCAAACCUUUUGUAACAGUUUCUUUACUGUAUAACCAAUUAAUUAAACUAAUUGGUGAAUAAUUUUAAAAGUUUGAAGUAUAUUAUACAAAUGAAAUGUUUAUAGAAAAUAACAUGUUCCAAUAAACAAGCAAAAAAUAGAUAACACGUUUUUAUCUAGGUAUUUUAAAGUUUAAAUAUGUUUUAUAUUAUUAUUAUUUGAUUCUAACGAAUACUUUUGUAAAUUAGAAAUAUGAAAUUCCUAUUUAGGUAUUUUAUUGUUUUAUUGAAUUAGUCCCAAUAGAAUUUAAAUUAAUUUAUCCACUGGGUAUCGUCUUAAAUUCUAUAAAAACUACCAAAUUAUUUUAAGUACAACUUUAGCAAUAUAAAACAAUAUAAGUAAUAUUUUAUUCAGGUAAAAUAAAUUUAAAAACAUUUUUUUUAUUAUAAUAACAAUAAUUACAAUAGAAUUUCUACCAUAUCAUAAAAUGUAAGUAGGUACUAAUUGCAUCAUGUAUGUGGUACAUAAUUUUUUUUAUAAAUGACUAUUACUUAUUACCAAAUAGGUAGGUAUAAUUCCAUUAUUUUCCUUUCAUUGUUAACGAUGUGUCAUUGAUCUGUCAUCCUGUUUAUGGAAGUGAAAAACCUUCAAUAGCCAGUUAUAACAACAAAUUAUUUUUUAAAAGGUAAAAUUUACAUUAUUAUUUCUGAACUCGAUUAAGAAUAUAACAAUUACUUAUUAUUACCUAUUAGGUACCCAUACUGUAAACAUGAUACUAUGUAUUUCUUAAUAAUUAAAUAAAUUACAAUAUAUUUAUCUGCAAAAUCGUUUAAAAAUAGGUACUUUUUUUUUUUGCGUUCAUAUCUUUUUUUUCCGAGCAACGAUCAAAAGUAAAAUAAUAAUUUUAAAAGGAACUUUUUUUUAUUUUUAUACACCUAUACAAUACAUAUAUUGUAUACAAUAAAUACAUACAAUUCGAGAACGAAAUUCUUUUCAUAAUUUGUUAGUCAUACGAAACAUAAUAAUAUUAUAAUUGUAAUUAUUUUCUAGAAUUUUUAUUUUCUUUAAUUUUGCAUUUAGCCGCAUUUUGUACAGUUGGGUUCUGCGUUCCGAUUAAUCUCCCACUGCAUUCCAACGUCCAAGGGCAGUCGUCUAAAAUGCAGGGGAGAGGGCAAGCAGAGAUGCCCCCUGGGUUUUAGUGGUAAAUUUUAUUUUAUACAUCUUUUUUAUUUUUUACUCGCUUGUUUCGCCUGUGGGCUUAUACAACUUACAAUUUUGCGUACACACACACACACACACACACACACACAAAUACACACAUUAUAUAUAGUUAUUUAUAACACGAAUAUGUAUCGGUUUUUGAUACUGUAUCUUUUUUUUUUUUUUUUUGUGACAAUAAAACCAAUUACAUGAAUACUAGUAUGGAUGGUGUAGGCGUGAUUAUCAUAAUUUAAUAAUGUUUAUAACGUCAUAACGAUUAGUGUUGUGUAGAGAUUAGAUCUUGCAGCUAAAAUAAUAUAUAAUAACAUGUUCACAUUAAACGCAUAAUUCAGAAAUCUUCAGGUUCUAACCAUAAUAUGUAUAAUAUGUUAUCGAUAAAAAUAGUUUAACCGAAGUUUACGAGUUGGAAUGAUCUGUGUAUAGAUAUUAUGAUAUUAAUAUAGGCGUACAUUUUGAUAGGUAAAUUAAAUUAUAAUAUUUUAACUCCGAUAAUUAUUAAAACGAAGUUAACGAUCUAAAUAUUAUAUUUUUUAUUAAAAACCAUAGUUGAAAAUUUUAUUGAUACAAAUAUUAUAUAAUUUAUAUAGUUUACCCAAAAUUUAUAAACGAAACAUAUUUUUACUUAUUAACUUAUAUAAAGUUUUAAAUUAGAAUUUUAAGGCCCACCACUAAGCGUUAGCCGAGAAAUCCUAGUACUUUUUUCAAGAAGCCAGUACCUAUCGUCGUAAACGUUGGAAUUUCAAUACCAAUCAUCGACAAACCAUUUAUGCCUAGAUAAAAAUCUAGUUUUCAGGAAAAUUUUUAAGACGGGGAAGAAACUGCUAUGAGCAAGUUUUGUCAAUGGUUACACAUAUAGAGAAAAGUUUUCCGAAUAAAAUGAAAUCUGGGGUGGUUUUUCUUGACCUAACCUACGCGUAUGACAAGGUUUAGAAACGUAGCCUACUCUUAAAAUUAGCUAAAAUAUUAAAAUGUAAAACAUCUAUACGACUUAUCGUCAAUAUACUCUCUGACCGGUAAAUCAUAGUACAUCCAAACGAGAAUGAGAGUAGGUUCAAGUAUCUUCAAAACGGACUUCCUCAAUGAUCUGUCGUACUCUCCUCAGUGUUUUUUAAUGAACACAACAUCAGGUAAAUUUUUGAAUGCAGUGAGACGAUGCAGUGAGAUUAAUAGCUCAGGCUGAAACUUUUGAAUAACUGGAGGAGAUACUGAACGAAAAUCUAUCCAGUGUUCAAAAAUACUUUUAAACGUGGUAUCUAAUACUCAACCAUAACAAAACUACUUUCGGUGUGUUUCACUUAAAUAACAGAGAAACAAACAGAAAACUCAAUUUAGUUUCUCAGAGAGUUAAUAUAGAAGGAGAUACCUAUGAACUAAGCUAGACAGAACGCUGAUCUUUUACCAAUAUCUAGAGGGAGUAAAAAUAAAUUUAAAACAAUAUUAGAAUAAUAUUAUUAGUAAGCCGGCCGGAACAAGCUGAGGGUAUAGACUAUAGACUAUUUAAUGGGGGGAGGGGUAAUAGGAUGACCAUCCCUUCCAUCUUGGGCUAUGGCUUACAUGCAAUUUUGUUUUUAUUUUUUUACCUUUAUACAAUUAUAAAAACAUGAAUAUAGGUAUGAACAUUGAUAUUAAUAUUAUUAUAUUGUAUAUUAAUAUGAUAUUGAAUAUAUUUCAACUAUUAAUUACACUAAAAUAAUAAUAUUAUUAUUUAAUAAGUUGUAUACGAUUUAAAUAAAAUAUAUUAUUUAUUUAUUUAUUUUAAGUAGAAAAAAAUAGCCGAUAAUGCUGACGAGUGUACCAUUGUUUUAGAAUGGAAGUUGGGAAGAUAGGAUACAUAGAUUUAUUAAAUUUAUAUCUGUAUGCAACGAUAAACCAUUUCUAACGAUUCUAAACAAAGUUUGGUUUGAUCUUAAAACGCUUAUAAAAAACUGCUAAAUUACGAACAACUUUUUUUUUUUUUUUACUAUCACUUAGUACAACUUAUAUUUUAUAAUGAACUAAGUAUUAAAUUUUUAAGCACCUCUGUUCGGCCAAACAAUUUAAUCUACACUAAACCAAAUAAAAACUAAAUUAAACUCAAAAAUAGUAAAUGCUUAUAAAUUACUCAAAAAUCAUCAGAACGCUUGGAACAUUUUAGUGUGUCUAGAAAUGAUUAAUGAUAAAUGAUAGUAUAAGUAUUCUGUGAAAAUUGUAGGUCUCUAUUUUUAAUGGAAUUACGAAAAAAAAAAAAAAAUUCGUAAAUAAUGAAAUCGUCAUCGUUAUAGUUAUCGUACAUUUUUCUGUUUUUUUCAAAGGGAAUGUUGACAUUUUAAACAAUUUGGCAACCCAUUGAACUUCAAUUAUAACCGCGACUAAUUAUAUUGAAAGUAUACAUCGUGAUAUGUUCUAAUUUUCAUUUUGAAUUCGUAGUAUUAACAACCUAUUUUUUUUUGCUUAACCUGUACCUGUACCUAACUAAAAUAUUUGAAAGAGAAACAUUUACUAAGGGAAAAAAAAAAAAAUUCUUCUCUAAAAUAAUAAACUGCAUUUGGUAUUGUCGCCACGAGGCAUUGCCAAACAUGACCAUUGAUUUACCGAUUUUUUUUCUUGGAAGCCUAGAGGCGUUAUAUCUAUGGUCAUUAAAUACCUUCAUUACAACUUUUCAAAACCAUAUAUAAUAGAAUAUAUUCAAUAGAACGUAAUCUAAUUUUUCAAUUCUAUUUUAACUAUUUUUCAUUAUAACUGGUGUUAUCAUUACGUUUUGAUAAUAUUGUAUUUUAGAUAAUUUAAUUAAACUUCUAAAAAAUGGUAAAGAAAUUACUCGUAUUUAUCAUUACGUCAAUUGUAAACAGAGCUAAAGAUCGCUAUUAGUUUUACAAAUUAUGUACCUAUACCAAUAAUGCUAUAUUAAUAAGUUUUAUUUUAUUUUUUUUUUAUAAAUACUUUUUAGAGAAAUGAACAUUAGAUACUUAUUCAAAAAAUAUUGUACGAUAACUUCUAGAUGAAUAAAAAAAUUCAGAAAUAGUACAGGAAUUUCAAAAAAUUACAUUCUUAGUAAGUUUUCCAAUUUCCUAAGUAGGUACCUGCCAUUAUUUAUUCAUAUAUAUAUUAAGAAAUUAAAAACUUGAACAAAAAACUAAAACCUAAACGAGCGAAUGUUUAAAUUUUAAUUGUAAUAAGUUUCUAUAGGAAUUGUUGUUUUAAUAAACUAAUAAACCAUUUAAGUUUAAAAUAAUUAUUAUAAAGUAAUUAACAAUUAUUGGAUUACCUACUACUUAUUUUCUUAUUUACUUAUUUACUUAUUUUGUAUACAGUCUGAGCCUAUCAAAGGAAUGUAUUAGUUUUACUAUGUUAUAGUUAUACUAUUAUGCAUUUUUUAAAAUAUUUUUUUGUGUCUAGAUACAACUUUUAUUCCUUGUAGAAAAAUUUAUCCAAUUGGUAUAUUGAGAAAUGUAUUUUUGAUUUUCUUAUACGAGUAAAAAACGCAAUAAUCUAUAAGGAUUUUUAUAAUUUUAAAUUUUAUUUUUUCCGUGUAAUUCGGUUAAAGAUAAUCUUAAUGUAUAUUUAAAAUUAUUGAGUUUUUUAGUUGUUAAUUGUAUAAUAUUUUUUUUUCUCAAAAUGCUUGAAAAUUUAAUACAAAGUUCUUCAACUAUACUUAUACUUAUAGGUGUAAAAAAAAAUUAAAUUGAUCGUAAUGUGAUUUUGAAUAAAAUUUUGACUUGAAUUACAGCAUUCAUACUACUUUCCGAUUUAUGUAGACAUAACUUUUUUGGAUUAAAAAAUAUGGAGAAUUGAAAUUUAAUUUUUAGUUACAAGUUUAUAAUAUUUAUUCAAUCAAUUUAUUCAAUUGAUGAAAUCAGUUUUUCAAAACAUGUUAAACCGAACUUCGCUCAGAAUCGAUUUUCGUUAGCAAUAUGAUUUAUCGUUGCGUACAGAUAUUAAUUUAACUGUCCCUUUUUUCUCUAUUUUAAUGUUAAAAUGAUAGGUUAUAGGUAUUUAUUUUUACUUUGGUAAAAUAAUUUACUUCGGCAAUUAAAUUUAUUGCAAAAUAGUAUAACAAUUAAAUGUAAAUAUAUAAUUUAAAUUAUAAAAUAUCUACAACUUGCAGGUGCUGAAAAUAUGUAGUCUAUAAAUUUGAAGACAUUUUGACAUAUUAUAUACUAUUAUGCGUACUUCGAUUAAUAUGUGUUGCUAUUAUAAUACAAUAAUUUUUAUUCAGUGUUCUUUUUUAUGUAUCUCAAGUACGUGGGUAGAUUCUGUUAGAUAAAAAAAAAUAUAAAUAUAAUUAUAGUUUAUUGAGUUUUUCUGUAGCACUUUUUCUUGAAUGACAACAUAAUUGUUACAGUUAAUUCAAAUAAUAGUAAUUUAAUACAUGUUACAUGUAUACGCGAUGGAUAUUCGAAAAAAUGUUAUGACAACAAAUUAUAUACUACCGCCAAGCCUAAAGCCAUCCCUCCUUAAACAUAAAACACUCCCAUAGCGUUUACAACUAGACAUUUUUGUACUUUUCUAAUUUGUGGGCUACACUCUGAAUUAAUUAUAAAUUAUCAUAGUAUAUGAAAUAAUACGCUUUGUAUUUAAAACAUUUAAAAUAUAUAGGUACUCGAAGUUUGAACAGAACAUAUUUUUCCUAAUACUUCAAAAUUGUCUUUAAAAAUAUUUUUAUAAAAGAAUACUAUAUUAUAUUUGUGUGUACUCAAGUACAUAUUAUACAAAAUUAUUUUUUUUUACGUAAUAAAAUCAUAGAAAAUUGAUAAUUGUUCUGAAAUAAUAAUUACCUAAUAUUAUCCUAAUGACAUAAUGCAAGUAAUUUAAUAAUUUAUUUUAGUUAUCUAUUCAAAGUAUUUAUUUUUUUAGCACAAAUUUAAACAAAGCGAAUAAAAAAGGAUGGACUGGUCUGAUGUACGCUUGCUAUUAUGGACAUGAAAAUCUAGUUGACCGCAUAAUAAAUAUAGAUCCAACAACAUUAUUCGCGAUCAACAAUGAUAAGCAAACACCGCUAAUGAUCGCUACUAUGUCCGGUAACACAUCUAUAGUUAAGAAAACAUUUCAUGUGAGUAAAAAAAAAAAAUGUUAAGGAUAAACUGUUUAUUAAUUUAUGAUAUUAUGUAUUAUAUUUAAAAAGAAUAAAAUUUUAUAAUUUGCUUAUAACUUGUUAAACUUAAAAAAUUUAAAAUUCGAUAACAAAAACUAAUUUACUGGUCAUUCAUAAUCUUGGAUUUAAGUACACACCUAUGCAUUAAAAAAUGUAUACAUUUUGAACAAUAUGAACAUGGCAUUUAUAUUUUCUUAGACGGCAUGAAAAUAGAUUACACGGUUUUAAAUAAUAACAGAGCUGAUAUUACGGACGGGUGUGAUACUGUUGUAAGUGGGAAAUUGAAAUGGUAGGAUACAUAGAAUAUAAUUUAAUUUAUAUCUAUACGCUAGUACGCAACGCUAAAUCAUUGCUAACGAAUAACGAUUCUGAGCUGAGUUCAAUUAAACGUAUUUUGAAAUACCUUGAUUUUUAAGAAGAUCAUUAAAAUUUUAACUAAAAACUUUUUUGACUAAGUCCAACUAAUGACUAAUAUCGUGUUAAAUUGUCUAAUAUUUUGGCUGAACCAAAUCGCCUAAAUGUUUUGAAAAUUUGAUAAAAGGCUAAUGAUAAAUAUUUUGUGAAAAUAUCAAGUCUCUACUAUUAUUUUUAAUCGAAUUACAGAAAACUAACAGCAAGUAAACUACCUACAAGAAAAAUCAUAAAAUCACUACUUCAUGCACCAACUAGACAACAUUUUCUUUUAUAAAAUAUGUUUUACUGAAAAAUCAAAAUUAAAGAAAGAUUUUCAUUAGGAAACUUGUGUUAACCUAUUCAAAAAAAAAAAAAAAACAACACAUGGUAAUUUAACUAAUACAUUUCUUGCUAUACCCAAAAUAUAAUAUAGUUUCCGUUCCCGAGGUAUAUUGUGAAGUUUUAAUAGCUAACAUGUCAAAUUUUACAAUAUUACCCAUGUUAUCAUUUUAUGUAUUAAGUCAUACUUCAUGUUUUAAAGUAUUAUAUUAAUGUAACCUACCAAACAAUUAUAAUUAACAGACUUUAAUUUAUACAUCUAUUCUUCGUUUAAAUAUUAUUAUAAAUCGAUUACAAAUGUCUUCAAUUUUUAGUUUAAAUUUUUGUAGUGCCUUAUUUAAAUUAAAUCUAUUUAUUUAUUAAAUUUAUAUUUAUAUGUUGUGAUAAAUGUUAUUCACGUAGAAGUAGAUAAUAUUUUUAUAUUUUUUACAAUUACAAUUCAAUAAUAUAAUAAAACAACGUUUGUUGUCAAACAAAUAAGUACAAUAAUAUUGGAUUAUUGAUUUUCCUUUUACUUUAACCAUUUUGCAUUAUCGGUAUUAAAAUCGUUUUCGAUUUUUUCAUAAAUGACGGCCAGUAUAAAUUAUUUAUCCAUUUAUUUAAUUACAAUAGUAUUCCGUCUCGGAAAUAAUGUCAUCUCGAACAUAUAGGUAUAAUAAGGCAAUUUAAACUAAUAAUAUUAGUACCUAAUUGUAUUUGAUGUAUUUUAAUUUUAAACCGAUUAUUUUUGACAUAAAACAUUUAAAUUCUUAAAUAGGUAUACGUCCAUGGAAAUAAAAAAACUUAACAUGCUCAUCCUGCAAUGUGAUCUUCGUAUAAGUAUUUAUAUUACUUGAUAGAUUUAAUUUUCAACGCGAAAAUAAUGACAUUUUAAUGUGAAAAACUAAAAUACAACAUGAAUUCUUUUAUAUUUUCACUAAUACCUACAUAUUAUUUUAUAUAUAUACGCGAGAAUCAUAUUAAUCAUUUUAACUAAUAUUAAAAAUGAUAGUGUUAAUAAGCGUAUUUAUUAAUUUAUCGAGAUCGGUGUACACUUACCAACCGUAACAUUUAAGUUUUAAAGGUAGAGCUUAAAAAAAAAAACGAUUUCGCAACAUUACGCACAAUUAUAACACGGAUAUUUAUAUUAUUAUAUAAAAUUAUGGUUUACAUAGGUACGGAAAGGUAAUGGAGUGUUUAACUGUUUAAGUCAUAUUUCUUUAAAAUAGCCCGGUUAAGAAUGCAACCACACGAAUAAAUUAUAAAAUGGUAUUAUUUGUUCCGCUAACAACAACGGACCUCAUUCAUGCACGAACUUCAUAUAAUGUGUAAUGUAUACAUAUAUAUGUAUAGCUUCGUUGUAUUUUAUUCGCGUAAUAAUUUAUGUAGUGGAAUAUUUUAUUGUAAUGACAUUUGAGCCAGAAAUCUGCAGAAUACGACUCCGGCUAUCAAUAAGAUAUUUCAUUCAGGCUCUAUAAUUAUAUUUAGCACGUUUGUAGAUAUAAAAAAUAAAACAAAACUCAACUAUAUCUAUAGAACGAGUAGGUACGAGUGUAUAUUAUAUAGUCGGUGUCCAAGUGGGAAGGUCAAUAAGUGAGAUAAAAAAAAUAUAUAUAUAUGUAUAUUUAUAAAAGUCAUUAAAUCCUUGUAUACUUUUUUAAAGAAAAGUAUAUUAUGUAAUACAUUUUGAGCCCACAUAUUGCCACCAAUAAUGGCAUUUCUAGUAUGAUUUACAUUUUUUUGAUGUAACGAAGGAUGCCUAAUAUGUGAAUAAUAAUUCACACGAUAAAUAGCAUUUAAAUGCAUUUAAUAGCAUAAAUGCUAUUUAUCGUAACCUAACCUAAUCAUUCACUAGUUACAAACGCGAAAAAGUCACUGGCUGUAUUUUGUUAAUUCUUUUUUACGGGUCACGGCUAAAAUUGGUAAAAUGUGGAAAUAAGAUAACUUACAUCCUGACUAGUGAAUAAGACUACAAAGGCUACACUUUUUGUCACGAAAUUUAAUCAUAACUUAAUUUUUGAUUUUUAGAAUACGAAAAUCGACUAUCAUUUGUAUAUUUCUGGUUUCCAUCACCUAUUCGAGUUGAGUAUAAAACAGCUAUUUUAUAUACUUUGAGAAUAUAUAAAUAAAGAGCAUUAAAGUCCUGUCACUAGACUACUAAAAUCAAAUUUUCCAGUAAAAUAUAGAGAUAGAUUGUACAAAAAAGAUAAGAUAACAAACACUUAAAAAUUAUAUUUAAAUUAAAUUAAAAAUUACUAUAUUGUGUAUAACUAAACUAGUUGACGAACAAACAGAUAAGUCAUCCCGGUAGAUGGAAAAAAACGUAGCGGAUAGAAGAAAGGUGGAGGGUAAGGUGUUACAACCACGGGCAAUAAUUUUGUACGGGCGGGGCCGUGCGGGUACAACAAGUAGGUAUUAUAAAAUUUAAAUAUAUUCGAAAUAUUAUAUAAAUUAAAUCACUAUAAAAAAAAAAAUAAAAAAAACAAUAAUAAUACCAAUAAUAUUUUCUUAGAUACGUUGAAAAUAAAAAUAAAAAACCAUUUUCAUUUUUUAUGAAAUAGAUGAAGUAAUGGAUUUGAAUAAAAUAAAAAUUUAAAAGAAAAAUGAACACCAGAACGUUUCGCUAAUGUUUCGCUGUGUGGAAAAUCGCCUGAAUAGAGCCAAUAUUUGAAUAUUUUGCAAUUAAAAAAAUGAUUUAAAUAAAUCAUUAAAUUUAAAUGACGAUGUUCAAUUAAAUUCUAAAUUUUUAUAUGAGCGUUGAAAAAGUUUACGUUUGCUUUUUACCCCUCUUUAUAUAUAAAUUUUCCGUUUGAUUGUUUGUUUUUUGUAACAAUAAGAGAAUAUAUGUAUAAUGUUGACACUCGUAAAAAUCCUAAAACGAAGACGUACUUCACUCGGUUAUUAAUAUAAAUUAUCAUAGCUACCCUGAUAUCAAACACAUAGGCAACAAAAAAUGCAUAACCGAUUUUAUUCACUAUAAUUUUAAACUAAUGAAAAAUAAUAUGAUAAUUUGUAUCGUGCGUCUCGGCUAUACAAGUCAUAUUUAUUUGUGACCCCCCGGUGUUCACCGGAGGUUAUGUUGUGUUGACUCAAGGUAGUUUUUAAAAACCCAAGAUGUUUAUUUGGUUAUCUUUUGAUCGAUUGAUUAAAAUUGCAUUUAAAAAAAAAUAAAAUAAAAACCUUAAUGCCUUUUUUAUAAUAAGAAAUAUACACGAAAUUAUAAAGAUUAGGUAUAGGUACAGUGAAUAAUUUAUGAAGAACUAUCAAUUAAACGUUAUAUAUUUUCAGUGAAUAAUUAUGUGGGUUUAAUUUAAAUUGCGUAUAAUAUAGUAGUGCAUAUUUAAGUACUUAAUAUUUUGUAGAUAAUAUUAUUUAAACACGUAGAUUAUAAUAUUACGCGAAUCGUUUUUAUUACGUACCUAAUAUAAUACACGAAAAUUGUAAAUGUAUUAGUUUUACCGUGAUAACCGAUGAUUAUUUUUUUUUUCUGUCUAAACAAUUUUCCCAACAAUUCAUGCUUUGAUUUUCAGAUGUGGCGGCGUAUUUUGUGAAAACUAAUUUUUAGUUCAUAUUGGUGCGUCGGGCGUGUUAUUUUUAAUUUUUCUUUCGAUUUUCUUGAUAAUUGAGCAAAACAGUCGGGAAAAAAUGUUAGAUAAACGGGAAAAUACACGUAAUAAUGGUUAAUAAGAAUCGUAGAAACUUGAAAUUUUGAAAAAAUACUUAUAUUAGCCUUUUAUAAACCUAGUUCAAGAAUGUUCAAAACAUUCUGGUCAUUUUUGAGUUGUUUUUUAGGCAUUUAACAUUUUGAAGUUUUUCUGUUUUUAUUUCGUUUUAUGUGGACAUAAGUGUUUUGGCGAACAGAAACGCUUUUGAACAUUUAACACGGAGUUCAUUAAAGUUUUAUUUUAUAAUGGUCAAAAAAAAAGUAGAACCUAAUGUAGUUGAUUUUUUUUUUUUUUUAAUGUGCAUUUAAAAAUUCAAAUUUUAACGAAAACCGUAAAAAUUAUGAAAUUUCAAACCAUGUAUAACCAAACUUCGCUUAGAAUCGUAUUUCGUUAGCAGUAAUUUAUCGUUUUGUACAGAUAUAAGUUAAAUAACAAGAUGUAUCCUGCCUUCCAUCAACUGUCAGCAGUAUAAAUUAGCUUUUUUUUUUUUUGGUAACAACAUUAACAAUUAAUUGAAUAUAAUAUUUGAAAUUUAAUUUGAAUCGACCCUUUUUUUUUAACUCAAUUCAGUAAUAUUAUAAUCUAUUUAUGAUCAAAUAAAACGGAACUGAGAAAAAAAAAAAUACCUACUUAUUUAUUUAUAAAAUUCCACUGAUGAUCGACUGACAGUUUAUGGAGAACCCGCAGUACGUGUUAACGUUUUGUUUAGUACAUUUCGUAACUAAUGUACGAGAUAAAUCUCCGUGUAGGUGUAUUAUACACGUAUACCCCGUACUACGUUAAGACACAUGUAGGAUGAAUACCCAUACUGUAUUAUAUGUUAUUGUAUAUAUAUAUAUAUACACAUAAAUGAAACCCAUACAACCGAUAGACAAAAGAAAACCGUAAUGUUUGAUAAUGCAGUAUACUGUAGCUUUUACUUUUUAGUGCCUAUAUCUGGACCUUAGUACAAUAUAUUAUACAGUAUUAUUAAUAGAAAAAAAAAAAAAUCAACUAUGCUGCAAAUGGCUAUAUAUAGGUAGGUAGGAAGGUAUUUAGGACAACACGUCAAAAUAAUAAGAUAUUAAUAUUCUAAUGUUUUUUUCGAUUAGAUUAAAUAUAUAUAUAUAUAUUAUAUCGAUUAAUUUAUAAUAAUUAGAUAGUAUUAAUUGCAUGGUUUUUUUUCGUUACCAGUUUAUUUUAAACAGCAGGCACAUUUAAGUAUUAUAGAUAUUAUUGAUCCUGUAUAGGUAUAGUUCUUUACGGCCAAUUAAAAAAUAAUCUAACUAAUUAAAAUUGAUUAAAUUUUAUCUGUGAAAAAUAAAAAAAAGAGAUCUUUCCUAAAUAUUACCGACAAAUUAUCUCCUCUCGCCAGCCCUAGUUCCGACCCUGAUGAAACCGACCGAUAAAAAUUAAAAAUUACACAAACCUAAUCUUGCGGGUACUUACAGGUUAGUAUAUUUAAUUUCUGUUCCGAAAGCUAUUAUUUUAUUAACUUCCAAAAUAUAUCAUCGGAAAGUCUUCCGGAAAAUGAUAAUUAUUGAUAAAAAUAAUAUUAACAAAAAUCGUAAACAUUUGAGUUAAAAUAAUCCCUUAGUGAGCUGCCGAAAUUAAAAAAAUAAAAACAGUAUAAAUCAUUUCAUCAGAUACGAGUUUUUUAUUACACAUAUUUAUAUUUUGUAUGUGUAUUGUGUAUUAUGUAAGCUAUUUUAGUACAGCACACAAAAACGGCAAAGUAUGGACAAACACAUUAUAAAAAUAAAACUACGUAAUUUCCUUGGUCCUAUACAGAACUAAUCAAAUUAGAUUAGUCAUAUCUGACUCUGUAUUCCGGAUUUAUCAAUACACUUUUAUAAACUAUUAUCUAUUUAAUUUAUUCAUACGAUUGUUGUUGUCUUUGACCAUAAAUUAUGAUCUAAGAUUGUUGUAAACAAUGUAAAAAAAAGUAAUCAUUCAAUUUUCGUCAAAACAAUAUAACUGGUACUAGAAAAAAAAGCCAAGGAGUGGGAUUGGACAUCUAGACCCCCUGUGUUUACGUCACUGGCCUCUAAAGAAUUGAACAUUCUUUAUAAGAAUAAAGUAUAUUCAAUUUUUUGUAAAUGAAAAAUAUUUUUCGUCAUUGCGUUAUUAAUCCCUUAUUAAACUAAGAUCGUGUUAAAUUAUAAAGUUAAAAAAAAAAAAAACAAUUUGUUUUACAGGCAUUCCCGACUAAUUUUUUCCAAUUUGUUAAACGAGUACCUAUAGUUGUAUAACAUUAAAACUGUAAUGUAAUUUACAAUAGAUUAUUGUAAAUCGUGUAACAAAAUGAAAGUUAUAAUAAUAUUUAAGAUUUAUUUAUUUAUUCACAAAUUAUUAUAGUGCGUUGGUACUGCAGUGCGUGUAUUUUGUAUUACUUUAAGGUGUCGUUCUAUUUAAAUGAUUUGAUACAUUGAUUAUGCGUAUACCCAUAAGAUGAAAAAUGCAUUCAAAUUACGAUCUCCGUUCGCUUUCACGUUUAACACUAUAUAACUCGCAUGCCUAUUGCGUUUUGUCAGUCUUACCAUUGUCAAGUUACACUUCAACUUCUUCUAAGACCCACGGGUCUCAUAAUACUAUAAUAAUAUAAUGCAUUAUAUUAUUAUAAGCCAUAUAUUAUCUUGUUCGUAUCUGCAUUCUUUUGCGUAUAUUUACAUUAAUUUUUUAGCGAGACCCUUGUCCCGCAUCAUAGUUGAGGCCUCUGCCACACAAUAUAAUGUAUUCGUGAAACUAUUUUCCCCACUCCGCAUAUAAACUUAUCCAUAAUCUUUUUUACACCUACUCUCAUGAUAUUUUUCUUUCGUGACUAACGUCUAUAUAUUCAUUAGACGAUUCGACGUGUAUAACUGCCGUCUAAUGGACAUCUCCAGGAACCAGUGUAGUAUUGAUUUCAUAUAUUUUUCCAAGCCACGGAGUGGGGAUUAACAGGUUACAACUUCUAAUGAUUCAACAAUUGAGCUGAUUUUUUUUUUUUUCACAUUGGUAUGUAGUAUGUUUGAGCUAGACAUAUAAUACACACAAACGCUGCAGCGAUACCCAGAGACAAAUUUACCCUCAGUCACAUUUUUGCCAUCGAUAAUUGAACAGACGCCGCAGACCGAUGUAUAAUUGCAUCCAAAAGUAUUUUCAUACAGCAUCAUAAUGACUCCAAACUAUGUAUAAUGAGUGAAUAUAGACGGAAUGAUGGCAUGUUGUCUUUGUAUAGCCAUAAUAAAAUAAUAUAGGUACCAGUAAUAUACACGCUAACUCGUUUUGUGGUUUAACAAAUAAAACAUUACUAUAGGUUUUUAAAAUUCAAAUUCAAAUAUUUUACGAAUAAUAAUAUGUUUGAAUUUAUUUUUAGACUACAGUUUUGGAGAUGGCCGACAAACUAGGUAGAACAGCGAUGUUUUAUGCGGUACUAUACAAUCAAGAAAACAUUUUGGAGUAUUUUAUUGAAAAGCAAGCAAAUUGUAACGUAAUGUUAGUGUAUAAUAAUUUUACCAUUUACCAAAGAACAAAUAAAAUAUUACACCAAAGGGUUAUUUUUCUACUUGUAAUGCUUAGGCGUGAUUUUUUCAAAAACUUAAUAUCUGAUGCGGAUAUACCCAUAUAACGGUUGAACCAUCAAUAUAAGCACAUUUCUAGUGUAUAGUGAAAAAAUAUAUACCCAUACUUGUACUUGACACUAAAAUAUUAUUUAUUAAAUGCACAAAAAUCUAAUAUAUUUUUAUAAUAUCGAUUUAUUAUAGUUUAUUUUAUUAGAUGUAUGACAUUUAUCGUAUAUCAAUCGAACUAGGUACCUAUAUUUUAGUUUUUACUGAUAUAGGUAAAUAAAUUAAUAAAUAAUAUUGGGUUUAGGCAAAAUAUAAUUCAAUAAUUUAUUUUCAAAGUUCUGAUUAACUAUAGAUACCUAUAGAUAAGUACCACCUACAUUUUUUCUUUUUCUAAUCUAAAUCCUUAAAUAAAUGACAAGUUGUGUAAUAGACAAUUUUAUUUCAGCCAUACUAUUAACAUAAUAUGCAUAGACCAGUAAAGCCAGUAAGAGAACGAGGCACUAGAAUCUAUAUAUUCCUAAUAAUAUAUUAAUGUAUGAUAAACCUAUAGUGACAGGUAGGUAAACCUGCUCUAUAGCCGAAAACAUCUCUCACAGGAAUUAUAAAAUAUAUUCAUAAUAAAAACUAAAAAGAGAUUAUAAUAAGUAGACUUUAAGCGUAUGAAAUGGAUUUUUAAUCAUAUAUAUAUUUAUACAAUCUAUACAGUAUACCUACUAUAAAUGUACAUGAAAUAUAAUAUAUUCUACAAAAUGACAAGUGAAUUUUAGAUUUUUUUAACUGAUAAAUCGUGUUCGUGAUAUUUGUAUUUAUUAUUUUGUUACACGGUGGACUUAUCAGUUAUCACUUGGGCAUAAUAUUUUGUAUAGAUAACUGUGUAUUUAUAUAUUAUAGAUAUACCAACUACCAAGACUACUAAGUCCAACUACUGUCCGCCAAUAAUAUAACAGGGAUUACGAGUACCACUUUACGGUUUGUUAAAUUUAUACAAAAAUCCUUGUCUGUGAAUAAAAAUCUUAAAAUAAAAUUUAAAAUUCAUAUUUUAUAUCCAAAAAUUCUAAAAAUGUCCUAAAAAAUUAAGAGAAUAACCUAAAAACUAAAUAUUGCUAAAAAUUCAAAAUAAACUUCUUUUGUUCUCAUUUAAAAACACAUGAUGUAAAUAGAUUUGUGACCAGACGAGCAUCGCACAGCAACCUUUAGAAAAAAAAUGCAAAAUGCAUCGAAAACCCAGGCCUACUUAUAAUGUAUAGCCACUAACUUAUAAUUGGAAAAAACCAAAAAAGGACGAAAAAUAUGUUUUUUUUUUUUCAAAUUACGACACAACGAUUUUAUUAGAUAUUUAACAUUUUUACGGCUAAUGUUUUGUACCAUAAAUAUUGCUCCAAUAGGAAAACGACAAGAGACCUUUUUUUUUGCGUUUUAAAUCUAGUCCAUGAAUCUAGUAUAAUAAUUCGUUUUUGAUUUUUCUUGUAGUUUUUGUAAUAAUUGAUAAAACCGGAAAAUGACUAAAAAUUAAAACUGAUCAGUUUACGGCACUAAGACUCCUUUAUUUUAAUUUUUUACGAUUUAUAUUUCUACAUAAAAUAUUGCUCCAAUAAAAAAAAACAAAAGACCUUUUAAUUAAAUUUUUGGUAUAGUUUGUGAAUAAGAAAGUCGGUUUUUUGAUUUUCUUUGUAGUUUUUUUAAUAAUUGUACAAAACCAAAAAAUACGUAAAAAGGACGAGAAAAUCUACAAAAACAAUUCUUUUAUUUUAAAUUUUGUUUUUUUAAUAUAAUUCAGUUACUCGUAGACUAGAAAAUUUGACAGAUAAAUUAUAUUUGCUAUUUCUAAACGUGGUAAAAUUUUUAAAAUAUUUGAGUCAUUAUUUAGCUUUUAAUAGACUCUAGAAAAAAUUGUUAGACUAAACAGAAAUGCUUGAAAAUUUGACAAGAGGAUCAUUAUAAGUCAUACUUAGUGGUUGAAAAAAAAAAUUAGUGUAAUGUAGUAUUUUUUUUUUCUUAUAAAUGUUUUAAAUUCAAACUUUGACGAAAAUCGUAAAUAUUACGGCCUUUCAAAACAUGUGGUAACCAAACUUCGUUCCAAAUCCAUCUUCGUUAUCAAUAGUUUAUCAUUGGUUACAGGUAUAUAGAGUAGAAGUUCAUUCUCCCCGCUUGGAAAUUAUGGUAUCAGUUGUUUCGAACGUAGAAUAUUUAUUCAAAAAUAUAAUAUAUAAUAAUAAAAAAUAAUAUUCAAAAACUAUAGGCAUACGUAUUAAUUCUUGUUUUAUCGAACCUCGAAACGAAUUCGUACUAUAUCGAUAUACUCACUCUGCGAGUUAUAAAAUCAAUAUAAAGAUCGAGCAUUAACAAUAUUAUUAUAAUUAUUAUGUAUUAAUUUGUUAAAUGGACAAAUUACAUUGUUUUAAAAUGUUUUAAAGAUGAGCGGAAUUAAUUUAUUUUAUCGCCAACAUGAAAAUACAAUGAAACAUAAAAUGGCCAUCUUUAAUUUUUUCAAAAUUAAUGAAAUAAAAAUUUAUUUUUUUAAGAUUUUCUACGAAAACAUAAAAAUGUAUUGAAAUAUAAAUACCACUUGUAGUCCUUUGUAGAAAUCGAUUAUCUUUAUUAUCCCCGGAGAUCUUACAAUGGGUAUAAUGUCUUCGUGGGACACUGUAUAAUAUAUAAUACCUAUAUACCUAUACAUAUAUACCCGUCGAUAGAUAAAUUAUACAAUUUUUUUUUUUUUUUUUUUAUGAGCAUCGAAAAUAUAAAAAAAAACAUAAUGAAACCGUAUAGGUAACACUAAAAUAUCUAUAUGAAUUUUAUGGCAAUGAUUUCGCAUACGAUUUAUAUUUUUAUAGUGAUAAAUUCGGCAAGACUAUGACUAUGACGGCUAUUGCCAAAGGAUUUAUAAGAAUAAUGAAAAUACUGUCCGAAUAUGGUAAUAGACAAGAAGAUGGCAAUCUGAAUGAAUGGAAAAAUAAAUACGAAACGGCCAUCCCAACUGACCGGCAACAAAACGAUGAUCACCCAAGUAUAUUUAAUUUUUGCAUUCACCCACAUAUACCUAUUAUGUGAUUUUUAAUUAUGUACACAGCGUUUCAGCGUUUUUUAAUUUACUUUUAAUAUAAUUUAAUUAUGUGUACCUAAUACAGAUUACCAUAUGGAAAAACUACUAAAACAGUUGUCGUUAGAAAAAUACUGGCCUAUAUUCGACAAACAAAAUAUUCGAUAUGAUGAUUUUUUGAAAUUAUCCGAACAAGAUUUGAAAAAUAUCGGAAUAAAGUUAGUAUGUUAUGUAAAUAUAUAUUAUAAUUUAUAAUAAUAUUCAGACGGGGUAUAUACGGAAACCUACCACAAAAUCACGAUUCAAAUCAUAAAACUGAUCAAAGUUAUUUGUCUAAAUCUUAAACAUUAAAUAUUACAAAUAAACAAAAAUAAAAUGGAUUUCGACGGUUUACAUUCGAAAAAAAAAACAAUUUGUAAAUAUCCGGAGGCGUCGGCCAUCGAAUUGUGGCCGGAUGGCCGUUGAGUCGGUUUCUCGGUAACACCCUAUUGUGUGGCUUGUAGCAGUGAUUGGGAAAGUCCGGAUUUUCGGAAUUCGAAAUCGAAAAUUUAUUUAAAAUCCGAGUUUUAGAUUUUAAAAAUUUGAUUUUGGAUUCGUUUAGGCAUUUUUUUUUUAUUCAAUUUAAAAACUAAUCAAAAUCAUAAAUUAAUAUUAUAUGAAUUAUCUGAUAAUAAUUCAUUAUAAUCACACUACGUGAAAUUAUUAAAUAAAUAAGAUAAAAUAAAGGUGACCGCUGGCAAAUAUGCUGUAAACAUAUUUUGCUUAUAAAAUCAUUUAACACAUAUUUUAGAUUACGAAGCGAGGAAUGUGUACAAAAAUAUAUAUAAUAGAUUAAAAAAAAAAAAAAUCGACUUUUGAAAUUUAAAAUUAGAAUUUUCGGAAUUUUCGGUUUGAAAUCCGAAAUUCGCAUUUUCGGAUAAUCGGCUUGAUGUAGCCGUCCACAAUCCAACAAUCAAUCGACGACCGCUAUGCCUACGCUUAUGGUAAUUUUUUUCAAUUUUAAACUGUAGAAAAUGAUUAGAAUCCAUAUAGUAUUUUAUUUUUAUGAUUUUUAUGAUGCUUUAAAAAAAUAUGAUUGGCUUUGCUGAUUUCUAUGGUCGAUUUUUACAGUUUAAAUUGUUUUAAACUAUUACUUCAAAUUAUUACAAUAAACGUACCAACAUUUAAACCAGGUAGGUAUACAAAAACGUAUAACAGUAUUAAUUUAGGUAGGUACCUAUUUACCUACCUAAUACGAGUAUCAUGUAAAUAGGUACAAUUUGCAUAAAAAGUUAAGGAAACCCUAAUAGGGAUUCGCGAAUCUCUUUUCGAUUUUAAAAUUUAACAUUGCUUAUAAUUAUUUUAUAUCAAUUUUAAUAUAAGUAUCUAAUUCUGAAAUAGGCUGUACGUCCAAUCCGCAGUAACCUAACACCUCCUGUCCUCAGAGGAGAGCUUGAGGGACUUGGGCAUUUGGGAGUUUGUAAUUUGCACCAAAAUGAGUAUAUGUGUAGUCGAUUAUCGAGUAUUCAAUUGUCAAGUGCCUAUUAGAUUGGCUCACAGUGGUAUAGUCACUUUUAGCUGACCUAUACUACUAUUUUUAAAAAUCCAAAAAUUAUUGUUUUCUUUAAGAUAAGCUUAUCUUUACAAUAUUAUUCUAUUUCUAAAUAAUGAAUUUAUUAAUAAACAUUCGUUUUAUAAAACAUUAUUAUUACAUUAUUUGCUUGAUAUUUUCAAACUUUCAUAAAUUUUUUUAUUAUUUCAUUUUUUCAAUUAAAAUGAUAAAAUAUGUAUAUUUUAUUUUCGGGAUUCCUGACUACUCGCCAUCUUAUCUGGUAAACAUUUAAACAAAAUUUGACGUUCGAUUAUCCGACGUAAUCGCAUAAUUUAUUAUUCCGACCAAAUACUAAUCCAAGUCUUUCCGACUAUUCAUUUGUAGUACAAAAAUACUCAAUUAUAUUUUUGCCUAAAAUAUAUUGUCAAUUGUAGUUAAUGAUUAUUAUUAUAAUAUUAUGUACUAUAUCUGUCAUAUAUUAUUGUUAUAAAGUAGCUUUUAAGUCAAUACUGACGUAUGACGUACCGUAAAACAGUGUAAAUAUGUAAGCGUAAUAACCACUCAAAAUCGAAACUGAGUAUUUUGCUUCUCAAUUUAAUAUUACACUCUGAUAUCGAAACUUGUACGUAGAUACUAUCGAAAGAACAAUCGAUUUGAAUUUUGGUGCAAAUUACAAUUCCUAUUUCUUUCAACCUGAGAUGGUGCAAAUCACACGUCUUCACUUUUUGGUGCAAAUUACAAGCGCGGUUAAUAUAUUGGUGCAGAUUACAAACGUUGUAUAUGUUUAGGAUCAAUUUUGGUGCCAAUUGACUACACCCGGGCAUUUAGCCCCAUCACAAAAAUACUCAUCUAAACCCCGCAAAGUAUCCAAUUCCUUAAAAAGUAAAUACUAAGUACCUAUACAUAAUCGAUAUUAUGAGGUGUUAACAACCCAACAAAAUAUUUGGGCUAUUUAGGCUAUGCUUAACACCCCUAUUACCAAAGUGUAUCUAAUGCGUAGAAUACGUUUGAUUGUAAACCGUGUCUAGUUAAACAGAAGAACUUUAAUAUUUUUGAUAAAAUAAUAAAGUAAAAACAAACAAAAUUAUUGAAAUGGUUAAUACUCGUAAAUAAACAUAAAUAUAUAUUCUAGUUGCGUUUUACGUUUUGACUGCGAUGUACCAGAUGUGUUUUUAAUUCGAAACCGGUCGUAUAACACACUUAUCAUAAUACUCCAGGCGACGCAUUCAUUCAUUUAUUUAUUUUAUUUUUAUGCAUACAUUUUUUUUUAAAAAAAUUUAUUUACUAUAUUUAAUGUUUUUGUUGUAAUUCGCAUUGUUUGUUAUAGAUACUUUUGGUUGGUAAUUUGCUCGAUUGUUAUUAUUUUUCAGUUUAUUUGGUCCACGGCGAAAAUUAAUAAUGACUAUUGAUAAAUUGAAUGAAUUAAGAACACUACAAGAACAUUCUAGAAGUUGAAUAUCUACUGCACAAAUUACUUAUAUUUUUUACACAACUAAACUUUUAAAUUUUAUAACUGAUGUACAUAUCUACUUUUAAUUUAAUGAUUUUAUACAUGUCCGAAUUUUAUUUUAAAGUUAUACGAACCUACAAAAUAUACU